UCAUCUGCCUCUUCACUUUGAGAAACAAUGGCAGUAAGCUUUCUAAAUUAUUUGAUAUUAGUUAUCAUAUGCCUCUUUUCACUCUUAUGUUACUCUUGCUUCUUCUUCAAGAAACCAAAGGAUGGUUUUGAGUUGCCUCCAAGCCCUCCUUCUCUGCCAAUCAUUGGGCAUCUUCACCUUCUCCUCUCUGGUUCUACUCACAAGGCCUUACAGAAACUGUCCUCCAGGUAUGGGCCUCUCUUCCAUCUUAACAUCUUCAGUGUCCCGGUGAUCUUUGUCUCCUCGGCCUCAGUGGCUUACGAGAUCUUCAGGGAGCACGAUGUGAACUUCUCGUUCCGUGGAACCCCUCCUAUCGAUGAGUCCCUCUUGGUCGGAUCCUUUGGAUUUUUCACCGCUCCUUAUGGUGAUUACUGGAAGUUCAUGAAGAAGAUAAUGGUUACGAAGCUACUUGGACCGCAAGCACUCGAACGGUCACGUGGUAUCCGGGACUACGAGGGAGAAAGACUUUACGCUAGCCUGCUUGAUAAUGCAGUGAAGAAUGAGAGCGUUGAGAUUGGUAAGGAAGCAAUGAAGUUCACAAACAACAUCAUCUGCAAGAUGAUCAUGGGAAGGAGUUGUAAUGAGGAGAAUGGUGAGGCGGAGAGAGUCAGAGACUUGGUGGCAGAGUCCACUGCCUUGACCAUGAAGAUCUUUGUGGCAAACAUGUUCCAAAGGCCUCUCAAGAAGCUCAGAAUAUCACUGUUUAGAGAGGAGAUAAUGAGGGUUUCUCGUAGAUUCGAUGAGGUGCUAGAGAGGAUUCUUGAGGAGCACGAAAAGAAAAAAGAUGAUGAUCAAGAUAUGGACUUGGUGGACGUGUUGCUGGAAACUUGUAGAGACGAAACAACCGCAGAGUAUAGGAUCACUAGGAACCACAUAAAGUCCUUGUUUGUGGAUCUUGUCAUUUCAGGCAGUGACACUUCGAGACAUGCAACACAAUGGACAAUGGCAGAGAUCAUUAGCAAUCCUAAAGUUCUUGAAAGAUUGAGAGAAGAGAUUGGUUCCGUUGUUGGGGAAACAAGGUUGGUUCAAGAAACGGAUCUGGAAAACCUACCUUACUUGCAGGCGACUGUUAAGGAAGGACUGAGACUGCACCCUCCAGGAGCUCUCUUUGCAAGGAGUUCCCGCGAAGGGUGUAAGAUUAGAGGAUUUUAUGUACCAGAGAACACACCACUUGUUGUCAAUGCUUAUGCUGUUAUGAGAGAUCCUGAUUCUUGGGAAAAUCCUAAUGAGUUUAAGCCAGAGAGGUUUAUAGGUUUCCCAUGUUCAAGACAACAAGAUGAAAGAGAUCAUGCACUUAAGUACAUUCCUUUUGGUAGUGGAAGGAGAGGCUGUCCUGGAUCAAAUCUAGCUUAUAUCAUUGUUGGAACUGCAAUAGGAGUGAUGGUGCAGUGUUUUGACUGGAAGAUUAAAGCAGAUGAAGUUGACAUGGACGAAGCUCCUAGAGCACUGGUUUUGACCAUGGCUCGACCACUUAAGUGUAUUCCUGUUGCUCGCACCUGCAGAUUCCAAGUUCCUGACUUGGAGAUGUCACUGAACUCUCAGGCAUAGUUCUUAAGGUUAUUAGGAAAGCUUGUGUUGCACUCAGUUGCUCGGUUAGUUGAUUUAUUUUGGGGAUUACUGGUUUGUCUUAGUAUAGAAAUGAAAAUCAGUUGUACAGUUUAGCAUUUAUAUUUGAAAUACAAAAUGGAAAUUGUCUUCACUUUUGCCCUCUUUUAUCCAACUUUCUGAGGGUUUCCUUUACUUAUAGAUUGCUUGCUUAGUCUGUGUAGUAAAUUGGUUUUGAAUGAGGAAGAUAAAGAACGUCUUGCAUCAUUGCAAGAAAGCAAAAUUAGGGAGUAUUUCGUUAAUAAUAUGUAUUAUAAAUAUUUGAAAAAAUGAUUGCUAACUACAUAACUAAACUAAUAUAUACCUAACUACACGAAGUAUAUGUUAUGCAUGAUAACAUCCCUCAAUAUAUUCUAUCUAUCUAUAAUAAUAAAACAGGCUUUUCUCUCACCUUAGCCUUCCACAUCCAUUUUUAGGGGUGGGCAUUUGUUGACACGUGUCGCCAUUCAAUUGGUUGCGUUUUUUUUUCCUGUUUUUUUCUUAUUCGAUUUGGGCUCCGUCGAAUGUGAUGGCUAUUUAGUUUUUAUUUCACAGGCCAUUUUGAAACCCACUCAUAUGAACUUACGGAGCCUAGGGUUUUCCCUUAUCGUCUUCGUCUUCUACCUUCUUAUCUGAUGCGCCAGUUUCCAUUCGGCAGCGUUAUUCAGUAUUGUGGAGUAGACCUGAGAAAGUAGGCAAUUGUAGAAAAUUGAUUCUUUUGGUUUAACACAGUCAGAAAUCAAAGCUACAUGAAGGGAUGAGUGAAAGAAAAGACAGUGCCUCUCAAUGAUAUACGAAGGGAUAUCAGCUUCUGCAUCGAAUGGAGCCUUUUAUUAAUCAGAUGUUGGCUGAAGAACACUGGUGUAGUGAAUGUGCAAACUAUACGAUGGCGUCACUUAAUGAAAGGAUGUAGGAAUACUAAAGGCAAGUUGACCGAGAAAUAUGAACUCAACUGUUCCCUAGCAGGGGAUGGCAUGAGAAUACCUUUUGUACUGAAGCACACUCAUAUCUUUAUACUGAUUUUGUCUUACUCAUAUUUUAUACUAUUUUGUCUUAUAAAAUACAUUAUCUUAAAGAAAAAUAAAUGAAACAUUGUCGUUUGUGGUUUGGACCACUGAAACAAUUUAUCAUGUAUCAUUAUUUAAGAUAUGUUUAUGGCU